GGAAAACCAAAAAGCUCAAGACCAUCAUGUCGUCCAAGCUUCCCUCAGUCGACCAAUCCACCGAUGAGGACCAUCAACCAAUUACUAAAAACUUCUCAAACCUUCAAGUCGAUUACGUCAUCGUCUUCUCCCUAUCACCACUCCCAAAUCAAAACAAACUUAAGAAACAAGCGAUCGACGAAAGAUCAAAGCAUACCAAAGAACUACUAGAAGAGUACCAACUACUCAUCCAGAGGUUGAAAUCUGCUGGGCUCUCAGCAACCAGUCGACCAGGAUCAAAAGGCUCCAACCAACUACUCAUCCUCGUCACCGCACACAACGAAACCAGAAUCAAACAAGAGAUUCAAGCAGAGAGAAUCGCAGAUUGGUUACAUGGCAUCACUUGUGUCAAACCUGAAUCAGAUCUAGCCUCCAGCUUCAUCUCACAACCCCACACACCAGCUGACCGACUCCGACAUCUAUACAACAUCAUCACACGGGAUGUCCAACCGAACAAGAGUGAAUCGCCGAUCACAGCCCAUCCACAUCGACCCUUAGUCGGCAUCGGAGCCGGAAUCAUCCCCAAACAGGCCCCCUUCGAACACGUCCAAUCCAUCUUCCCACCACACGAUACUGGAUUUAAUCAGACUUGGCUAUCCCAAUGGAGCGAUCGUUCUCAUCUGACGAUCCAAAUCCCAGAAGUAGAACUAGAUAGGAUCAAAGAAAUCUACGGAGAAUCCAUCGGCUUCUACUUCGCCUUCCUCAACUUUUACUUCCAAGCGUUAAUCUUUCCGACCGGUUUAGGACUCAUCUUCUGGCUGACUGGGAUGACUUACUCGUCUAUCUAUUCCUUCACACUCGCUAUUUGGUCUAUCAUCUUUCUCGAGAUUUGGAAGGUUAAAGAAAAACUUUUGGCUAUCAAUUGGAAUUCUUUUAAUUGUCAUAAAGUGGAAAAGAAACGAGUCGAAUUCAUACAUGAACGGGUCGUCAAACAUCUUGUCACUCAUGAACCAGUUGGCUACUUCCCAUGGUGGAAACGUGAAUCUAGAAGAUUGGUCACGAUCCCAGUUUUGAUCUUAUUUGCGUUGGGUAUCAGUGCCUUGAUCACCGUGAUCACGGCGGUAGAACUAGUGGUUGCGGAAGUUUACACUGGACCGUUUAAGAAAGCAUUGGCAUUAUUACCGACUGUUUUAUUUGCAGCGUCGGUACCACAACUAGUAGGAUUAUGGCAAUCGACGGCGAUCAAACUAUCCAACUGGGAGAACCAUUCCUACAACUCGACAUACGACCGAUCCCUGACCCACAAGGUUUUUGCAGUCCAUGGCUUAGUAGCCUAUGCAGGUCUAGUCCUGACGGCGUUUAUCUAUGUGCCCUUUGGGACGAUCCUAGUUCCCCAUCUAGCGGGUCUUGCGCAUCGGUUGAUGAAGCAAGAGACGAUCCGAUUAGAGGGCUCAGCCGACCAAUAUCUCAACACUCGUGCCCUCGACUUCUCCACCUACUCAAUCAAUACCGCCCGACUUUAUGAACAGUUGUUCGCAUACCAAGUCACUAAUCAAAUAGUUGAUACCUUCUCAGAAGUCGGUCUUCCUUAUCUCAUCAAAAUCGUCUCCUUCAGAUGGAACAAGCUCCGCUCAGAACGUGAGGUCAAACGGAGACUCACUAAAAACUCCCCCGAGAUCGAUCCGUCUUCUUCUUCCGUUGAUCCAACUGCUGCUACUACCACCAAGACCACCACCACCACCACUGCGAUGACGACGGAUGACGCUCCUGAUGAACAUGAACUGUUGGAACGCUUAAGGGAAGAAGCCAAGCUUCCAGAGUAUCGAUUGUUUGUUGAAUAUGCAGAGAUGGCAAUCCAGUUUGGAUAUGUAGUAUUAUGGACAGCAGUUUGGCCGAUUUCACCAUUAUUUUCAUGUGUGAACAACUUUUUCGAGUUACGAACGGAUGCGAUUAAGUUAGCGAAGCACAGUCGCCGGCCGAUCCCAAGCCGAUGUGAUUCGAUAGGACCAUGGCUAGAUGUAUUGAGUACAUUAACAUGGCUAGGGGUGAUAGUGAAUGGAUUAUUAGUCCAUCUAUUCCAGCCGAGUGGGAGGGCGGUAGAGAAGGGAUUGAAGCACGAGGAAGGCGCAACGAAGAGUCCGACGACGAUUGUCGCGGAUCUGUUUGCGGCGGCGAUAGUGGAGACGAAGGGCGGGAGUGAGUGUGAGGGCACAACUCUUUAUGAGCGACUUGCCGGGAUGCUGCUGUCGGCUUUGAUCCCCGUCCUGGUCUCCGAACACGGCUUCUUCCUCAUCCGUUUCUUCAUCCGCGAAGCCAUCCUCAGACUCUAUUGGAAAGACAGCCCCGCCGCGCUCAAACAGAUGCGUGCAGACUGGAACCUCAAACAGUCCUUCGUCGAUCGUCUCGACUUCAACGACCUUCAACUCCCCCCCACUGCUGACGAAUACUUCCUUAGAUCUCUCGUCCAUCAUAUCGAUCCUCAUCAUCCUGAUCUUCCUUUCUGGAGUAGAGAUGACCCCGCUCUUCAUGAAAUUAACUCCCUUAUGAAAACUGAAUAAAUAUCUUAUUCAUUCAAUUAUAAUCUAUAUUGAUCCUUUGCAUA